UGGCGCGCAUGCGCAGACCGGUAGCGCGUCGUCUGCGCUUGGCCAAGGCGCGGCCAUGACACCUCGAAGAGCCGUCAGCUAGUCAGCGGUUGCAAAUGGCGACAGCUACGAGAUCACAGGGACCGACUCGCGCCUAGUCGACGCCCGCCGUGCGUAAUCCGUAACCAAGUUGCACGCGAACACGUCCCUCUGCCAGAUCGGUGAUUCGUAGCAAAGGGAGGCAAGAUGCCGGCUGUGCGAGGGGAUGGCAUGCGAGGACUUGCCGUCUUUAUUUCAGACAUCAGGAACUGUAAGAGCAAAGAGGCGGAGAUCAAGAGGAUAAAUAAGGAACUGGCGAAUAUUCGAAGUAAAUUCAAAGGCGACAAGACUAUCGAUGGCUAUCAAAAGAAGAAAUAUGUUUGCAAGUUACUUUUCAUAUUUCUACUGGGCCAUGAUAUUGACUUCGGCCACAUGGAGGCGGUCAACCUUCUCUCAUCCAACAAGUACUCGGAGAAGCAAAUAGGCUACCUGUUCAUAUCGGUGCUGGUCAACACGAACAGCGAUCUCAUUAAGCUAAUCAUCCAGAGCAUAAAGAACGAUCUUGCAUCCCGGAACCCGAUCCACGUGAACCUGGCCCUGCAAUGCAUCGCCAACAUCGGCAGCAAAGAAAUGGCAGAGGCCUUUGGCAACGAGAUCCCAAAACUCCUGGUGUCUGGGGACACCAUGGACGUUGUAAAACAGAGUGCUGCACUUUGUCUCCUCCGAUUGCUGAGGACUGCACCUGAUGUCGUCCCAGGGGGAGAGUGGACAUCGCGGAUCGUCCACCUGCUGAAUGACCAACACUUGGGAGUGGUCACUGCUGCUGCUUCGCUGAUCGAUGCUCUUGUCAAGCGGAACCCGGAUGAGUAUAAGGGCUGCGUCAGUCUUGCAGUCUCCAGGCUGAGUCGAAUCGUGACUUCAAGCUACACCGAUCUGCAGGACUACACGUACUACUUCGUGCCUGCCCCAUGGCUCUCCGUAAAGCUGCUUCGACUACUGCAGAAUUACACUCCGCCAGCAGAGGAUCCGGGAGUCCGGGGAAGAUUGAACGAGUGCCUGGAGACAAUACUCAACAAGGCCCAGGAGCCGCCAAAAUCGAAGAAGGUCCAGCACUCGAACGCGAAAAACGCCGUUCUUUUCGAGGCCAUCAGCCUCAUAAUCCACAACGACAGCGAGCCAAAUCUCCUGGUGCGCGCGUGCAACCAGCUCGGCCAGUUCUUAUCUAACCGAGAGACGAAUCUUCGUUACUUAGCCCUCGAGUCCAUGUGCCAUCUCGCCACGUCGGAGUUCUCCCAUGAGGCUGUGAAGAAGCACCAGGAGGUCGUGAUACUGUCCAUGAAGAUGGAGAAGGACGUGUCCGUCAGGCAACAGGCGGUGGAUCUCUUGUACGCCAUGUGCGACAAGAGCAACGCCGAAGAGAUAGUACAGGAGAUGUUAAAUUAUUUAGAGACGGCCGACUAUUCCAUUAGGGAAGAAAUGGUGCUGAAGGUCGCGAUCUUAGCCGAGAAGUACGCCACGGAUUACACGUGGUACGUCGACGUGAUAUUGAAUCUCAUUAGGAUAGCGGGUGACUACGUCUCCGAGGAGGUCUGGUACAGGGUCAUCCAAAUAGUCAUCAACAGGGACGACGUCCAGGGCUACGCCGCGAAAACGGUCUUUGAGGCUCUACAAGCCCCGGCUUGCCACGAAAACAUGGUCAAGGUUGGCGGCUACAUCCUCGGCGAAUUCGGGAACUUAAUCGCCGGCGACCAGCGCUCUUCACCGUCGGUGCAAUUCCAGCUCUUACAUUCCAAGUACCAUUUAUGCUCGCCUAUGACACGAGCGUUACUGCUCUCCACGUACAUCAAGUUCGUCAACCUCUUCCCGGAGAUCAGAGGCCAGAUCCAGGAAGUCUUCAAGCAGCAUAGCAACCUGCGCAGCGCCGACGCCGAGCUGCAGCAACGAGCUUCGGAGUACCUGCAACUCAGCAUCAUCGCCUCGACGGAUGUCCUGGCCACGGUCCUGGAGGAGAUGCCGGCCUUCCCUGAGAGGGAGUCCUCGAUUCUGGCGGUGCUGAAGAAGAAGAAACCCGGCCGGGUGCCUGAAAACGAGAUCAGGGAAAGCAAGAGCCCGGCUCCCAAUACGAAUCAUCACGCCGAGUCUGCUUCUACGGCGACCACGGCUACCGUAAAUAAUUCCUCGGCCGAUCUGCUAGGUCUUUCGACGCCUCCCUCUUCCCAGCCCUCCAGCAACACGGGAGUCCUGUUGGACGUCCUCGGGGACAUCUACAGCAUGCCGAACAAGGUCGGAGCGACCAACGGUGCCCAGAAUACCUACAACCCUAAGAAGUUCGUCUGCAAGAACAACGGCGUACUCUUCGAGAACGACCUGAUCCAGAUCGGCGUCAAGUCCGAGUUCCGGCAGAAUUUGGGCCGCAUUGGGCUGUUCUACGGAAAUAAAACGCAGUACGCCUUGCACAGCUUCCAGCCUCAACUCUCGUGGUCGAAGGAGAACCAGGCGAGGCUAGCCGUCCAGGUGAAGCCCGUCGACCCGGCCCUGGAAGCUGGUGCCCAGAUCCAGCAGACUAUCAACGCGGAGUGCAUCGACGAUUACAGCGACGCGCCCAGCAUGAUGAUCUCCUUCAUCUACAACAACAUACCCCAGGAGAUCAUGAUGAAACUACCCCUGACGAUCAACAAGUUCUUCGAGCCCACCGAGAUGAACGGGGAGUCGUUCUUCGCCAGAUGGAAGAACCUCGGAGGGGCGAACCAGCAGCGUUCGCAGAAGAUCUUCAAGGCCCAGCAGCCGAUGGACCUGGACCAAGUGCGCACCAAGCUUCAGGGCUUCGGGAUGCAGUUGCUGGACGGCAUCGACCCGAAUCCUGACAAUUUCGUCUGCGCCGGAAUCGUGCACAUGAGAGCGCAGCAGGUCGGCUGUUUGCUGCGUCUUGAGCCUAACAAACAAGCGCAGAUGUUCCGCCUGACGGUGCGCUCGAGUAAAGAGUCGAUGUCGGUGGAGAUCUGUGACCUGCUGGUGGACCAGUUCUAAUCGGGCCAAGAGGCUCGCAGCGAUUCCCACCCUCUUCGAUCAUCCGCGCGUCCCAGGAUACUCGAUCGCUCGUCUUCGGCCAUUGAUUAACGACCAGCGAGUCGGACAAUCGGACGAUGGUAACGAUCGAUCACCCGUUAACGAGGAACGCGUUGUACCCAAGAUUGCGCCCUUAUACCCCGCGGUAACGAUCUCCAUUAAGGACGAGUAGCGAUGUCUGCGUAAGCGACAGCCCAUACGAGCGUAUCGCCACUUGGUCGGGCAGGACGAGGGGAGUUUAGGUAUAACGAAGCUUAAGGAAACCGAGAGAGAGACCUAGAUCGAGCCACGGUGGGCAGUAUUAGUCCGUGUGAAGGUCAGAUGAUAUUUUUUAUUAAUUUAUGUUUCGGCGCAUGGGGCCGCUUUCGCGUUCUUUUUUCUUCUCUUCCUUUUUUACCCCCUCGUUCUUCGUUUCUCCAUGUCAGGGGACGGAGGAUAGACUGCUAAAUGGUUUUCCUACGUCGACGGGAAGUGCGAUCUCAGGGGAACGGGAUGACCUAGUGGAGGUAAACUCUUCAGGGUCGGACGUCGCCCCUUGGGGGUCGUAUUUUCUCGUCGGCCAUUUUCUGCGGGACCUCCACUUCCGUUCGCUUCCAUGCGAGGCCACGGCGAAAGUAUAAAACGUAUGAAAUGUAUGGAAUAUUAAUUCCCACUGUACUCGUACACACGUAUAACGAAGCUCAAAGGGAUCGCCUCUCUCGUCGCUGCGCCGGUUUCGCCGCACGCAGCGACCUCGUCGCCGCGAUUUGGAACUAAUUGGAAGGAUUUCGCGUAUCUCAACGAGAGAACCCGAAGAAUCCGAGGGAUGUGGCAGGAAAUCCAUGGCUGGUACCGCGAGAGGCUGCGUGGGUGCGACUUUUUAACUGCAGCCUCGGUGAUUUAUUGAUUCAGGGGUCGAUGGUUCGUAUACUAUUUUUUUUUUUAUUCCCUUCUCGUCGUGCAACGAUCACCCGCGAUCUCCCGGAUCGUCCUCGCCGGUCUCUUCAGGGAGUUGUAUAUUUACCUAGGGCGUUGAUCCUGUAACGAAGGACCAGACGCGUUCUUCAGGGUGCCCGGCCCCUUGCCGAUGGCUAAAUUGUACAUUUUAACGUUUCAAUUGUAAAUAGGUGCUCCGAUUAAUUGCGGGCUACUGAUUUCCUGGUUUUCGCAACGACCAGCUGUGCGCACCCGUUCACCAUGGCGUAGAGAAACCCCGGCAAGCCUCUUUCCUCACGGUCCAGAUUGACAGUCGUCUCGAAGAGUUACUCGAAGAGCCACACGAAGAGGACCACGAAUAAAGGCGAGGCCAAGGAGACACGCGCCCGAAUCUCAGAUAAUAAUUAAUCUUAACGAUCAACGAGUCGAUUUAAUUAGCGAGCUUCGCCGAGUGGCCAGUCAUGGAUUUGGGGGGCGAGAUUUCGGCCCCGUGAAAUCGGAAAUAAAUGUCGUGCGUCGGUUUAACACCUGAUUAACGAUUAAUUGUUAGAUCCCGUUAAUGGACACCGUGCGUAGUGCUCGUACACUUAUACUCUGUACAGACUUGAAGAGAGUGCGGAGCCAAGGAUUAAGUUAUAUUCCAUGUGUUAAUAUGCACGUAUAUGUAUAGACAUAUAUAUAUAUUUGAAUUAUGUGUAAGGAUCCACGAAAGUGCGCCUCCACGAUUUGUUGUUAGCUCUAAUGGCGAACGUUGCCACUUCUGCGGAUUCUUUUUUAUUUUGCUCUUCUGAGUUUGGGAGCGAUCCCCUGAGGAUGCCCUGGGCAUCCCCUGGGAUCGGCUCGUCCUUCCCGGAUGAUCACAAGUCGACUUUUUCCUGGACUUUCCCAUGAGAAUUGCGGACCAGCGCUCUCCCCGACUCGUCGCGCCAUUUUGUAUCGUUUAGCUUUAUAUGUACAUGUAUGUUAGGAAUUGAUUUAUACCAUCGCACGGUAUAUAUGUAUAUGCAUAUAUAUGUGUAACAUCCCGUACAAAGGUUCCAUGUCGAGUGCUUCAUUUCUCUCCGUUGCGACCUCGGGUUUUAUCUGGUGUGUACUAUAUGUGAGCGAGUGCUGCAUACUAUAUAUACAUAUAGAACACGUAUAUAUUUAUUAUGUCGAUAUAUAAUAAAUAUAAUCGUUGCGUAUAGUAUGUACUAUGUAAAACUGGCUUCCUUCGUGUCAUGGCGACCCCUCUCUUCAGCUCUUAUGGCGACCUCCACGUGGCCGUAGAACCGUGUACGAGUGUCGUGUAGUAACCCCUGCGAUUGUACAAAUGUAUUUCGUUUGACAUGUCGGCUCGCGUGGUUCAAUCCGUUAAUCGCCUCGCUUAGUAUAGCCGUAGAGAGGAAACUCGCCGAGAGCGAAAUCCGGGAAAGACGAGGAAUGAAGGAGAACUCGAGGACUCGAGAAAAGCGAGACAUUUACGGGAUCAUUGAUACGGCACAUUUACCCAGACGACGGGGUCAAUCGUGUAUCUCUUUAUUCUACUUAUGAGAUAUUAUCGAGGGCGCGUUCUUAUCAUUAAGUAAGACUUAAGCUCGCGAAAGUGUCGGCUUGUCACCUGUUCUUCGUUCUCUCUCUUUCUCUGCGAUCGCGAGGUCUCGGAGGGGACGAGUUAUCGUCGUCUCGUCUCUUUCGAACCUCUGGGCCGAACCAAUGAUAUAUGUAUAAUAUAUAUAUUACAUAUAUUAUAUAUAUAUAGACAUAUGACGCGACUUAUAAUGUAUGUAUGAUAAUUAUUACGCAUCACGCUCACACAGACACACACACAUCGACGUUCGUGAAUGGACUCGCGGUUUACUCGAGAAUCCCUUUGUUAUCAUAGCUGGAGACAUUCCUCCGGAUAAGGCGAACCUCCUCUCCGUUCUUCGUUCCCGGCUCCUGAUAACGAUUACGAGGACCGAAUGACUGCCUCUUAUCAGCCCUAUCAGGGGGACUCUCCAAUCGGGGUCGAACCUAGCCUCUGAAUCUCCGAGUUUCUGCGGCUUUAAUUAACCUAGUUAUUUAAUAAACGCCUCACGGCGAUAGCCGGCUAAGUGGAUCUUAAGUUCGACCCCUAAAUUAAUAGUUAAUGGCAUAUCCUCCGGGGAGGAACUCGAAAUCCACUUCCGGACCUGCCGGGGGGGUCUCUUCGCGUUUUCGGACGUCACUUUAGGGCCAUUAUCAGGCUUAUCAUCGGUUUUUCUUAUUUCUUUGUUUAUGAGGUAAACUCGCCGGGUCGGGUACGGAGUCGGAGGAGCGCCUCCCCAGGACGUUCGCACUCGUUAAUGCCUACGCAAAUUUCCAAGCCCUUAAUUAACCGAGGACAUGUGGAGAGUGAAUUAAUCCGAGGACAAGUGAAGAUGCGAAGGAACGAUUGACACGCGCGAGGGUCUCGCGAAACCCUCUCAUCCACGUGGGCGUACAUGCGCGAUUCGUACGAAUUGUACCCUACGAGUCUUUGGAUAUUAUAUAUAUAGAGUAUAUAUAUAUAUAUAUAUAAAGUAUACAUAUACAUAUUAUAUAGAGAGAUUAAUAUUACGACACGCGACGCUGUUUCUGUACAUGGGUCGAAGGAUCAUCCAGCGUGGGAUCAUCGUAGAGAGAUGUAUAGCUUAGCUCAUUACGCUCGCAGUACUCGUUUCCGACAUUGUUUCGUUUUCUCUCUCUCUCUCUCUAUCUCCCUCUUUCUCUUCUCGUUCGACAACGAGACGGUCGUCGGCGCUCGCCGGUUAACGCCGAGCCCUGCGUUUACGCAUUAACUCGACGAGCGGCCGACUUAACGAGACCAUCUGUAAACGGCACAUUACAAUAAAGCCACGUGUACACGC